GGUCGGUUACAACCGCUUAUCGGUCGGUUACAACCGCUUAUCGGUCGGUUACAACCGCUUAUCGGUCGGUUACAACCGCUUAUCGGUUAAUCGUAAUCGGUGCAUCCCUAAUCGAAGCCAAAACUCCGAUCCGUUUAUAUGGCCAGGAAGAGAAAAGUCUUCGCUAUGAAUUAGCUAUAAAGAAUUAUUUUAAUCCGAUCAAAAUUUUAAAAAAAAUUACUGGAAUUAUGACAGAAACUAACGACUAUGUAAACAAAAUUUUGUUCAAACUCAUUCAGUUGAAGUUGAAAUAUAACUGUUUCCAUUUUCGAAAUGCAACGGUACAAUGGCAGCACAAUUCAUACAAAUAUUAGAUAUCUUCGCUUAAGUAAACAUACUAAGAUAAAGAUGUUGACUUUCAACGUUGGCAGUAGUGGCGUAACUAGGAUUUUUUUACCAUUUGGCCAAAAACUGCCUUAGUUAAAAAAAACGUUUGGUUCAUACUGGGAUAAUUCGAGAAGAGGCUGGGCCAGAAAAGCCAUUUUUUAAAUUUUCAACUAGAGAAACCACAAAAUUCAAAAUUAUAUUGCCCAGUCAAAAAAAAAUAUCAAGAGGAGGAGUAUCAUGGAGUGCUCCAACUGAAAAGGAGUACUCCAAAAGCUACAACGGAGUACCCACAAAAAAUGAGUACUUCUGAGUACUGCGUUUUUUGAAGUGCUCCACAUUACCUCAGCUGCACUUUAUAAAAACGAAUGUUCCGAAGCACUUCAAAAAAGAAGUACUCAUGCGUACGCCUAAUAAGUGAUAAUUCUAUAAGUCUUUUAACCAAAAAUAACUAAACGUCGACUUUCUAAAGAAAAAAAUAUUUUAAAAAUUGUUUUUCUCUUUGUACUUUAGCACUAUUGAUUGAUCAGACAAAUGUUGAUCAACAAAUUUCAAUUUCAAAUGUAAAUGUUGAUUCUAAUCGUCAAGUCUAUGAACAAUGUCAAUCAAACUUAAAUUCAAAUGAAUUAAUUUGGUUACAAUUUUAUGUUGAACAAUUAGAUCAAAUUAAGAAAAUAACAAAAUAUUUAACAAAAAUUUAUCGUCAUUUACGUGAAGAUUCUAUUCUAAUUGGUGUAUUACCAUCAUCUACUGUGGGUAGAUGUUUUGUUCGAAUGAAAGAUGAUGAAAAAUUUAGACCAAUUAUCAUUGAUGGUAUCGAGUAUCCACAUGAUUUGAAAUUAAAAAAAUAA